AUGUUAUCGAACAGCCGCUUCUUACUCCAGCUAGGCUCCCUUGCAGCAGCAGCUGCUGCGGCAGGCCCUACUCUAUUCCAAGGCAACUCGGUCAUUAUAACGCCAUCAUCGUCCCAGUAUCCCAGCGAUGCUACCUUCAAAACAAGCAACUUUUAUUGCUACGCUUCAGAGAAGGGCUACCUGAGCUUUGGAUGGUGGCUACCCGCAGAGCCCGGUAGAAUGAACCACACGCAUUGCAAGCCGCGCUCUGACUCGUAUGACUGGUACGAGUAUUCCAUAGCGGGAGACUGCACGUUGACCGAGUGUCGCGUGACGGCGAUGAAUUACCGCGCUUCCGACCAAGACAAGCCGGCGUUCCAGGAGCAUUACAUAGCCAGGAUGCUGGACGUCGGCGAUGGCACGCUGGGCGACCUGGCCCUAAGCUACUUCGACAGGCGAGAUGGUGCUUUUGCUGUGGGCACGCGGCGGGUCCUUGGGGGUGUCGGCGCCAGCGCCUCUGAGAAGGAAACUCGGGCGUGCAACGAUGCAUUCCAGACGCUAAGCGAAUUGCAGGUGGAAAGGAAGCUGUCGUUGAGUUUCAUGCUGGAGAACCCUUGCGAGGUUGUGUCGGAAAGUGAGCCGCUCUCUGCCGAACUGUAA